UGGGACGGCCCUUCCUUUCUCCCGGCCGCCAUCUCAGGGUUGCCUCGCCGCUCGGCUCCGUCCGCCCGCCGGCCGCUCCCUCACCUCCCUCCGCCGCUCCCUCGCCUCACGGCUCGCUCCUAACGUUAGUCCAGUCGCCGGGGGUUCAGGCGGGAAACGCAGCGGACACCAUGGUGGCGGCAAAGAAGACGAAAAAGUCUUUGGAAUCCAUCAAUUCCAGGCUUCAGCUGGUAAUGAAAAGUGGUAAAUAUGUGCUGGGUUACAAACAGACUUUGAAAAUGAUUCGUCAAGGCAAAGCCAAGCUGGUUAUUCUUGCCAACAACUGUCCAGCCUUGAGGAAAUCAGAAAUUGAAUACUAUGCCAUGUUAGCCAAGACUGGUGUACAUCAUUACAGUGGCCAUAAUAUUGAGCUAGGUACUGCUUGUGGUAAAUACUACAGGGUGUGCACACUGGCCAUCAUUGAUCCAGGUGAUUCUGACAUCAUCAGAAGUAUGCCGGAGCAGAUCAGUGAGAAAUAAAUUUCUUGUGACUCAAAUAUUUUACAAAUAAAGCUGUUCAGUAAAAAGA